CCUUCUCCAUCAGGAUCCCCUGACCCUGGUUGUGGUCAGCUGAGGGACUUGGUAUCUCAAGUGCUCUGUUAGUGAUCCACGUUGGGACCAUCGCCAGAUCAUUUGCGCAUAAUGGCGGUCCAUGAUAUCGAGAAGGGGCCCGGUAGGGCUCCUCAAGAAGAUGCGGGUCAGAAGGCCCCGGGAUUGGUAACAAAUCCCGUCGACGGCAACAUUCCAUAUGUCAAUGCGGAUAAACUCGCCCGUAAUCUUUCUGCACGUCAAGUUCAGAUGAUUGCUAUCGGUGGUACUAUCGGAACUGGUUUAUUUUUAGGAACGGGUAAAGCUCUGGCCACUGGUGGUCCAGCAUCUAUGCUUAUCGCCUACGCCAUUUGCGGUGGUAUUGUCUUUGUGACCAUGCUCUCUUUGGGUGAAAUGGCUUCUUUCAUCCCUGUGGCGGGAUCCUUUUGUACUUUUGCUGGGUGGGUCAUUCCACAUUAUGUGAUAGAUGUUCCACGAGUGCUGACUACUUUCAGUCGCUUUGUCGACGACGCGUUAGGGUUCGCCCUUACUUGGAAUUACUGGUUCAAUGAUGCGGUUUCCACUGCGUCUGAUGUUAUUGCUCUGCAACUACUGCUACAGUACUGGACGGAUAAUUUCCCUGGAUGGGCAAUUAGUUUGAUAUUCCUGGUUGUUGUCAUCGGCUUGAAUAUGUUUUCCGUCAAGGUUUAUGGAGAGAUCGAGUACUGGCUCAGUCUACUAAAGGUUGUGACUAUCAUAAUCUUCAUUAUUCUGGGCAUUGUAGUCAACUGUGGCGGCAACACUGAACACACAUAUAUCGGAGGCAAAUAUUUCCACGUCGAUGAUGCACCCUUUGUUGGCGGUAUUGGUGGUUUCGCAUCCGUCUUCGUUACGGCUUCAUUUGCUUUUGGUGGCACCGAGUCUAUUGCAGUUACAGCUGGUGAAACCAAGGACCCAGCGAAGAACAUGCCCAAGGUGGUCCGCAACGUCUUCUGGCGUAUCAUAUUAUUCUACAUUGUGUCUAUCAUCAUCAUUGGUCUCAAUGUACCAUACAACUACCCUGGCCUGUCCAACGGAGACACGGCUACCAGCCCCUUCACCCUCGUCUUCCAACAGGCCGGCAGCGCCGUUGCAGGCAGUUUCAUUAAUGCGGUGCUUAUGACUAGCGUUAUUUCCGCAGCGAAUCAUGCUUUGUUUGCUGGAUCCAGACUACUUUAUACCUUGGCUGUUGAUGGAUAUGCGCCCCGGUUUUUUGGCCAUCUGAAUCGUUUUCAGAUCCCCUGGGUUGCUGUCCUGGCGACGUCUGUGAUCAGUGGUUUAUGCUUUGGUGCCAGUUACAUCGGAGCUGGCCAGUUAUGGUCGUGGUUACAAAACAUUGUUGGAGUUUCUAACCAAAUCUCAUGGGUCUGCAUUGGAGUAGCAUCUCUCCGUUUCAGAGCUGCUAUUCGCCACCAAGGCCUUGAACAUCUCCUCCCUUACAAGAACUGGACAUACCCAGUUGGACCUAUCAUCGCCAUCGGCCUCAACAGUGUUCUCAUCCUCGUACAAGGCUGGAAAUGCUUCAGUCCACACUUCAAGGGAGUCGACUUUGUUUCCUACUACAUUGAAAUUCCUGUCAUGAUUGUGAUGUUCCUCGCCUGGAAGUUGUUCAAACGGACACGGUUUGUUCAUCGCGGCGAGAUGGACCUGAUCACAGAUCGAUACAACCUUAUUCACAGCACCGGAGUCGACGUGAAUGAUCCAAAUGAAGGUUCACCAAAUAUCCACGAUGAUAAUGCACCAGAUGGGUCGCGCAAAAAGAAAUUCUUUUCGUGGGACCCAGAGGACAAGAGCGUCCUGGGGAGGAUUAAGCAGGUGGGCAUGUGGUUGUUCUUAUAAUAUGUUUCUUUAAUGAUUUCUGUACAUACAAACCGUAACAGAUAAUUGUGUUACGAAUAACGAUGUAUACGC